CCGCUGCUGCUUGGGAAGCAGUCAGGAGGCUUUUCGCGGGGGCUGUGCCGGGUGGGCGGUUUUCCCAGAGCAAGGAGCGGAGCAGGACUGAGUUGGCGCCGGCUCCCUCUGAUAUAGACGCCGCUGGCUGGAUGACCAGCCUGCCCUGCUAGCGUGAACCCAAGGGCUCCCUCAGGCACCGUGUUCCCACCCUGGGGACUGCAGCGCCACACCUCAGAGGUGUGGCAUGUCACAGAGGGAGGCCGGAGGGGCACUGGCCAUGCCCGGAGUGGGGCAGAGCCCGGCCAAGGCCACACCGAGGUUGCUAGCAGGCACCGACAGGAAGAGGAGCCGCCUGAGCAGGACAGGGCAGGACCUGUGGGAAGACACCAGCUGGAGCGGCCAAAGAUGGAGCGGAGCUGCCCCCAGCUCCCGAGGGGCCAGGGCCAGGAGCCUGGCUCGUGGCCGGAGCGAGGCCAGUCCUGAGAACGCAGCCCGGGAGCGGAGCCGAGUGAGGACGCUGCGCCAGGCCUUCCUGGCCCUGCAAGCCACUCUGCCCGCCGUGCCGCCCGACACCAAGCUGUCCAAGUUGGACGUGCUGGUGCUGGCCACCAGCUACAUAGCCCACCUCACCCGCACGCUUGGCCAUGAGAUGCCCGGCCCCGCCUGGCCACCCUUCCUGCGUGGACUUCGCUACUUGCACCCUCUCAAGAAGUGGCCGAUGAGAUCUCGACUCUAUGCCGGAGGCCUGGGCUGCUCUGGCCUUGACUCCACCACAGCCGCCACCUCGGGACAAAGAACAAAGGAGGCAGAGGCUGGGCCCCAAGGCUCUGGAGAGGCGGAUGCUCUUCUUCCCACCAGGCCACUCUCACCAGCACUUGGUGACAAGUGAUCGUCACAAUCACUCUUCCCUCCUGGACUGCGACUCGAACUUAGGGACCUGGACGCUCUGCCAGGCCCUGCUCAUCUUCACUCUGACUCUCACCCCGCGGAUCCUGGGCGGGCUCAGCGCCCAGGUCCCAGCACGCGCACUGGGCAAAGCGGAGGGCACGUCUGUGAUGGAGAGUACUCGGGAGGACCAGGGGGCAGAUCCUCAUCGUGUCACCCGGGGCCUGGCUCUUCAUGGCAGAGACACGGGCGGCGGGCAAGGAGAGGGUUUGAUCGGGGAGGAAGGUGAGUUAGGGCACCGUUCCCUGCUUUUGUCCCCUAAGAUUCCCUCAGACCCUGAGAGACUGCAAGAAGGCAUACAUGGCUGCACAGGUGCAGAGGUGGGGGGCCCGGCGGGCAGCAGCCGCAGGUGCUGAUGGGAAAGCCCGGAGCCCCACAGGCCCUUGGCAGCUGCGAGUGUGAACAGAGCCAGGCCGGGGUCACCUGGGCAGAGGGGCGACUGAGGAAGGGAACGUGCUUGGCUGUUGCACCAUGAGCGGCUUCCCUGACGUCAGAGGCAGGAGAAACUGAGGCAUCUUGAAUCCACGUUCUAGUCCUUUCCAGAUGCCUCUCAUCACCACGUUUUCUCCCUCUCCGGGCCCUGCAUCCUUCCACUCUUUUCUUGAUAUGAGUGAUAGUUACAGGUCGGGCCCUAAAGCUUGCCUUGCUUACCUUCCAGUAAUGAGAGAAAAUUGACCCAGUCCUCAUUGCCUCGUCUGAGAUCCCAGAGGCAGCUCCACCGGCACUGAAGCCGGCGGCACCUCAAGGCCGUGCCUGUGGCAGCUUUUGAUAGACUCAGUUACAUCCUUGAAGGACCUUAGAAGGAGAAAGUGCACCUUUUCCAGGGGAUAAAACUUACCAUCUUUCACUAUGUUAGAGACCUAACCUCCAGGACAAACCAGAUAGGUCUGGGUUCUCUGGGCUCCUUGGACGAUGUUGGCCGAAGGCCCCACUGGCCCAGGAAUUAUUUCUACAGUCUGUCUACAGAUGAGCGCUCUGGGGCCAGCUCCUCCCCACAGGCGCUGCCCUCCCAGGCUCUCCCUUGGUCCUGCCGCGGGUGCCAGAAGGCUGAUAACACUUCAGUGGAAUGUAUCUCUGGCCCUGAAGAAAGAGCUUGAGGAAGAAUCACAGAGGCUAGACCUACAGAAAGCGACUUUCCAGAGCAGGUGUGGCCCCUGAAGUCCAGACAGAGAAGGAGUCACUUUGUGGUUGAAUUUCAGGGCCUCGGAGUGGGAGGCCAUGGGCCAGGCCAACUAGAGUCCCACAAAACUCUAGACGGAAGCCUUAGACAGAAGCCACCAUUGCCAUCGGGAGGUCUAGUGAGAUUCUGGCUGGCUGGGUGCGAGGGGGGGUCUGAGGGCUGGCGUGAGGAGCCGCUCCUUCUCCCCAGGGCUGGCCGGGGUGGCAGGGGAAAGGGGGCUGAGGGGGUGACUCAGCACAUUGGGGUGGAAGCCGAAAAAGAGACACAGAAUGUCCCAGCUGCGGCUGCAUGAGACGGGGGAGGGCAGCUGGACCGUGGCUCAAAGCCAUAUGGGGAGUAGGCCUCAGCCAAGGCCAAACUCAUAAAUCUACCGAGUCUCCGCUGAGGGGCCCGGAGAGCUUGUGCAGAGCUGCUUCUGGGCAGCUGGACGGGGCCAGGCGGGGCAGAGACCAGGUGUGGGUGGGCACGAGCAGACUGUUCUUCCCAAGACCAUAAAAGUCCAGCUCGAAUGUUCUAUUUUUAGAGCCAAAUAACAGUAUCUCCCCUGCUGAGUGGACCACGUGGUCGGAAGAGAAGCAGAUGAGUCUCCUCGUGGCACACGGUCUCUCCCUGGGGAUGAAACAGGGAAAGCUGGCUUUGGCUGUGCACUCAGGAGCCCAGGAUAACUCCAAAGACUAGAGUCUGGGGCAUGCUCCUCCCGUCCCACUUGGACUCCGGCCUUUGCCCAGUAAUAUCAGACACUAUGGGGAGGGGGGAACCAUAGCACCCCAGCAUCGGAGUCAAGGAGGACCAAAAGGGAUGCAGGAGUUCCCAUUGUGGUUCAGCAGAAACGAUUCUGACUAGCAUCCAUGAGGAUGCAGGUUCCAUCCCUAGCCUCGCUCAGUGGGUUAAGGAUCUGGCAUUGCCGUGAGCUGUGGUGUGAGUUGCAGAUGCAGCUCGGAUCUGGCAUGGCUGUGGCUGUGGCGUAGGCUGGCAGCUGCAGCUCCGAUUUGACCCCUAGCCUGGGAACCUCCGUGUGCUGCAAGUGUGACCCUAAAAGGGGAAAAAAAAAAAAAAAAUGAAAGAGGGAUGCAGCUGGUGGAGGGCUGUGGAAGGGCAAGUGCCAUCAUUACACGUUUCUACAUCGGCCUUGGGAUCUUUUCAGGCAAAGCUGUUUUCCUUAGUGUUCUAAACAGUCCUCAUGGGGUCCAGAGGCUGUCUCCCCACACCGGACAGCACCCAGCACAGGCAAGCCAGGGAGCAAAAGGGCUGCAAAGGGGCAGGCAGAGCCCAAGGAAAAACCAGGGGAUGGAUGGGAAUAACCAGAGGCAAUAUCAGGUCAGAGACUCACAGAUGAACCAGAAUCAGGAGUAACCCCUUUUCCUCUGCAGCAGAGGAAGGCCAAUACCUUCCCAUUGGGAGACCCCGGGAACAAGGGUAUGUAGGAAAGAUGCUCCAAAAGGAAACAGGUGACAAAAGGACACCCGGGUGGCCUGGCUCAGGAAUGAGAGGGAUGGUGGGUCCACUUGGGUAUCUUGUACCCCCCCAUCCCCAGUGCCCAUGACUCGGGGUGAGGGUGGAGGCAGGGAUGUCAAGGACAGUGUCCCCGGGGCUGGAUGUGCCUGUGCUGGACGUGCUUUCUGAGGGGCAGCAGAGUUACAGGGCGGAGGCGUAUAUGGGCUGUGGGGAAACAGAGCUGGCUUCUAAGAAUUAAGGCGGAGGCGGCAGAUGUCACUAAAUUGGGAACUAGGCUAAUUAGAAAUAUAAAAUCUAGUCUCGUCUGAGAAAUUCCCUUUCUCUUCCCCCAGAAGGAGCCUGGCUAGGGUGAGUCAGAUGGCACUGCCGUCUCCCUUUUGUGGCCCAAGCCCUAAACCCAGGGCCCCCGCAAGUUUGGUGUUUAAGACAAACUGUAGCCAGUGGGCCAAAUCCAGCCCCCGAUUUUGUCAGUAAGUUUUUGUGGGGAUAGUGUCACACUGUUUACACACGAUCUGUGGCUACUUUCCUGAUACAAAGGCAGAGUUGAAUAACUGCAACAGAUGGUAAAGCCUAAAAUAUUUACAGAGUUUCUGUAAAGGAACUCUGGUCCUUUACAGAAAAAAUAUGCUGACAUUUGCUCUUGAUCAGAGAUACGAAAAAUGUGGUCUGAGAACCCCAGGGGUCUCUGAGACCCUUUUGGUGCUCUAAGAGGCUGAAAUUAUUUUCAUAAUGCAAGACGUUCUUUGCCUUUUUUCACUCUUUCUCUCUCAGGAGUGUGAUAGAAUUUUCCAGAAGCCAGAUGACAUGUGAUAGGGCAACAACAGAUGGAAUGUAGCAGCAGACAGGAGAAUCCAGCUCUCAGACAUUAAAGAUCUCUGCAAAAACAUAAAACAGUUCCACUCUUCUCACUACAGAUUUUCCAACAUGGGAAAUAAUUAUUUUUCAUAAAAAUGUUAUGUAUAUUUGCAUAUAGGGGGUUAAUGUUAUUUUUAAAUAAAUAUUUUUAAA